AUGGAUACAAAUUGGGAUGAUGAUCAUGAUCUGGUGUCAAGAAGGCAAAGCAGUACUCUUAAACCUAUUCGAACUGAUCUUAAAGAAGAAGAUGCAGCAGCAGCGGCAAGGAUGGGGGCUGCUAAUAUCGAAGAACUGGCGCCGUUGAGUCCAAUGGCUCGCCUAUUUCAUGAACCUGAUUGCAACCUUUAUAUCAUUACCAUCAUUGGCUGGAAGACUCAAAUCAACAUCCACGCCUUCAAAGCCAACCUGCUCUGCAAUCUCCUCCACCACCCUCGUUUCUCCAGUUUGCAGGUUUUGGACGAGAAAAAAGGCAAGGAGAUGAAAUGGCUCCCAACGAAGGUGGACAUAGAAAACCAUGUUAUAGUCCCACAACUAAAACCAAACAUGGAGUCACCAGACCAGUUUGUUGAAGAAUACAUAAGUAACCUCAGCGCGACCACCGUCGACAUGUCCAAACCCUUGUGGGAUCUCCACAUCCUCAACGUGAAAACCUCCAAUGCCGAGGCCGUCAGCGUCUUCAGGUUCCACCACUCCCUCGGCGACGGCACAUCUCUCAUUUCCCUUCUGCUUGCUUGCACCCGCAAAACCUCUGAUCCUCAGGCACUGCCCUCAAUUCCAUUAACCACAAGCAGACCAAGUUCAUCAUCGACCAUGUCUUUCCAAUAUUUGUGGUCAUUUCUAUGGUUGGCUUGGAAUACCAUUACGGGGAUCUUUAUGUUUUUGCUAACUUUGUUAUUUCUGACGGACACAAAAACACCUCUGAGUCUGACCAAAGCUUCAUCAACCACUCGCCGACGAAUCAUUCACCGCACGUUUAGCCUUGAUGAUGUCAAGUUGGUGAAGAAGGCCACAAACACUACCAUCAACAACGUAAUGCUGGGAGUUACACAGGCUGGUUUAUCUCGGUAUCUCAACAGGAAAUAUGGUAAUAAAGCUUACUUUCACUGCAUGGUGCACUCUUGCAAUCUUCCAGAGAAAAUUCGCCUAAGAGCAACCCAUUUCAUUAAUGUAAGACCAAAAACAGGAAUCCAUGAAUUAGCGGAGAUGAUGAAGAAGGGAAGCAAGGCAAGGUGGGGGAACUCGAUUGGGUAUGUGCUGCUCCCUUUAACUAUAGCAUUACGAGAUGACCCACUUGAUUAUGUUCGUGGAGCUAAGGUGGCUAUGGACAGAAAGAAAGCUUCUUUUGAAGCUACUUGCGUUUCUCACAUGGCUAAAUUGAUCCCCAAGUUAUUUGGCUUUAAGGCUGCAAGCAUUCUGUCCUAUAGAGUUCCCUCUCGCACUACGCUGUGGUUCUCAAAUGUGGUUGGGCCACAAGAGGAAAUUGGCUUCAUUGGCUGUCCCAUAGCCUACAUUGCACCCAGCUGCUUUGGUCAACCAAGUGCAUUGAUGAUACACGUUGUUAGUUAUAUGGACAAGAUAACAGUUGUCAUGUCAGCAGACGAAGACACAAUUCCUAAUCCUCAGGAGCUGUGUGAUGAUCUUGAGGAAUCCUUCAACCUCAUCAGAGCAACUGCAUGCCAUAUGUAG